AAGAGAGAGUAAAAAAAAGUAAUGCAAAUGAGGUAAUAUUCUUGUGAAUUUUUCCAAGUACUGAGAAAUUUAUGAGAGAUCAUUUUAAGAAGAAAAAAGAAUUAGUAAACCUACUGUAUUUGUGAAACUCUUGAUGAAUGGAAUAUUCAUUGUGAAUACAUAUGCGUUGAGUAAAUUUAUCAUCAAGAAGAAUAAGAAAUUUAUGAUGACGAGAGAAAGAGAAUAAUAUUGAUAAAUCUGAUGGGACAUUUUUUUUGGAAAAGUAAUAAAAGUGUAAUGAAGAAAAAUUGUAGUUUUUUCACUUUGCCUAUUUGUGUCGUUUAUUUUCCAUUUUCUAUCAUUUCUCCCAGGAUUUUUAGACAUUUAUUUUGUCCUUGUUAUCCUCACUGGGAAGAAGAGAGAAUAUAGAAAUUAGGGUCUGCUCAUUGUAAUGUGUUAUUAGGCUAUUAAGAAGAAGAGAUGUUAGUGAGUAAUAAUGGCAAAAAGAAAGAAUUUGGUUGUUGGGUAUCGAUCCGGGCGUGGAUACCCAAACGGCCAUCGCGUGAUCUCCGAUGAGCAGGCCCUAAGAGACAGAGGGUCCUUUGCGCUGAACAAUGAGGAUGAGAUGUUGUCUGGUUUACCAUCGCAGAGCGGAAGUUCCACCAGCGGCAGUGAUUCUCAAUGAGAGUCAAAGCAGUGAUUUGUCUGACAUUCCCGACACUGAAACCGUGCCUCAGAGUCCAGAUGCGUCCGCCCUGGAGGCCAUCGAUGGUGUCCAGCCGGAGCUGCAGAAGACGGCCAAGGAGAUUGAUCGCAUGAGGCGAUGGUACUUCGAUGAGUGCCUGAAGAAUGGCCGGUCGCUCGAUGAUGUGCUCGGUCCAGUGCCUUUGUCCAGGAGUUUGUUCAGAAACAAGAGCUUCAUCCUCACCAUCACGUCCGAGGGCAGGGGCAGCAGUCAAGUGUUGGGCCACGAGGGCGAGGGAAAUCACGUGAAUGAGGUGCACAGGGUGCCUUUCUUCAAGGAUCACCUCACGAAGCAGAUUGAGGCGGGCGGCGGCAAGGUGUACAAUUACUGGGAGGACGUGCCCAAGGCCAAGUACGCCAGUUGCAAGCUGAUAGCGCCAUUCUCCUGCACCACAGCCAAGUACGUCCAGUGUCUGGCCACGGGAAUCCACGCAAUCUCGCACGAGUGGAUCAUCGAGAGUUGCAGGAGUGGCAGAGCGCUGGAAGUGAGAGACUUCAUACUGCCCGCCGGUUGGUCAAUCAUUGAGAGACGCUUCAUUCAACCUACUGUGCGGCGCGUCUCGUCAAACUCCAAGGCCUUUGUCGAUCUCAACAUUCUGCUCGUGAGUGAGAACAGUGAUUUCACGGACUUCUGGACGCGCGUGUGUAAACUCGCUGGGGCGUCGUCAGUGCAGAGAGUCAAGUCUGUCAAUGAUAUCUCGACUAUUCAGAAGGGAUUCCUCUUGGUGGGCGGCGAUGUGUCGCCAAUUCUGAUUGAGAAGGCCAAGGACUUUAAUAUUUCUGUCGUGUCGACAGUGUGGGUGGUGCAGAGCCUCAUCGCGGGCACAAGUUGCGAUCCCAAUGCUCACGAGGGUCUCACAAAAAUGUUCACGGAUGACUGUUGAUCCUGUUGCAU